UUGAGCGGCCAAUCAAAAGUCAGAUUUCUUUGACAUGGGGUCGUACGAGUGGUGAUUGGCCGUCACUUGCAACUAGCAACAUGCACUUCGACUCUCGUCCGCAAGAGUCAUCUGUCUCAGUGCAUUAUUAAAAUUAUAUUUGAGUCGUUCUUGGUCAGCCUUUCUGUGAAAAUUACGGUGUAGAAUGACUUGCAAACGUAGGAAUGGUGGACGCGCCAAGCAUGGCCGUGGCCAUGUAAAUCCAGUUCGCUGCACCAACUGUGCUCGAUGUGUCCCUAAGGACAAAGCAAUCAAGAAAUUUGUUAUUCGCAAUAUCGUUGAAGCUGCUGCUGUUCGGGACAUCACUGAAGCAAGCUAUUAUCAGUCUUAUCAGUUGCCUAAGUUGUAUGCUAAGCUUCAUUAUUGUGUCUCAUGUGCUAUCCACUCCAAAGUGGUGAGAAACAGAUCUAAGGCUGAUCGUCGUAUCAGAACACCUCCUGUACGCAACUUCCCAAGGGAUCUGCGUCAAGGCCAACAGAACAGGAAAUAAUAUGACUAUGUAAAGUUAAUUUCAAUAUAAAUAAAACUUAAUAAAAACAU